AUGACGCUUCGCACGGUCCAGCGGUCCCAGCGCCGAAACUCCACCGGCGCGCAGCCGGCGCAGCGUACCCCCAGCCACAACGAGAAGCGCAGCGGCACGCCGGAUGCGGCGCGCGCCCAGGGAAGGUACAAGCGGAGGAAGACCCUCACCGACGCUCGCGCCACGCGCGGUCGAUCCGCCGAUGAGCCCGACGACGGCGAGCGACCGGCGCGACGCGCCUCGUUGCGCGUCGCGGGCGGCGGGAAGGACGGCGCGAAGAAGGCGAAGCGGAAGGAGCGGGAGGAGAAGCCGGUGUCGCUAAUUCUCCCACCAAUCCCCAGCAGCGCCGGCCCGUUGUUCCAAGUCCGCGCCGGUCUCACAGACUUCAGGGCGCGCCAGCUGGCGAUGGCGGUGGAGGCGGGCGUGACGAGCGAGGUGGUGUGGGCGCUCAACGCGCUGCAGCUGAUCAGCUUCUCGCUCAAGGACACGUGGCAGCAGGGGGCUGGCCCGCUCAGCAAGGCGCCACAGCUGCUCUCAGCCUUAGUAUCAGUGGUGGCGUCGUGGCGCGCCUGCUCGCUUGAGAUAUCUGACGCUGCCACGUGGCGAGCCAUGAGAGGAGGGCCCGAGGGCGGUGGCCCAGCAGCAGCAGCUCAGAGCGGCAGUGAUCCCCCUCGGAGGGGCGGUGAUCCCCCUGGGAGGGGCGGUGGCAGCAGCAGGAGCGGCGGAUCGGGGCGGCUCUUGCGCGUGCUGCAAGACCCACUGGGGGAGCGCAUUCACACCUACUUCCCCCUCUCCGCGGACGCGCCCCUGCCUGCGCGCCCCACCUCCGCCCUGCACCCCCCAUCCGCGGACGACCCCCUAGCAUCCGCUGCUGCCGCCGCCGCUGCUGGUGGCGCUGGCGGCAUGAGCGCGUAUGGGCGCGGGCACAGGGGAGGCGGGGUGGAGUCGCGAGCAGGGGAAGCCGGUGGGGAUGCGGGCGGAGGGAGAGGGGACGAUGGGGGAGGCAUGGCGGCAGGGGGGUUGGGGGGGAAGGCAGAAGGAGAGGAAGUGGGGGAGGAUGGCGCGAGGGAGUGGGGGCUGAGUGCGGAGGAGAGGGAGGUGUGGGAAGGAAGGGAUGCCAUGGCGGCCCUGCCCGCGUGUGUGGCCAUGCUGGUGGGCGCCAUGGAGGACUGGCAGCGAGAGGACGAGGAGGUGGUGAGCAAUGCAGUCGACACAUUCGCCAACAUUGCAGCGGCCAUCGACCUCUCCUCCUACCCCACGCACUCGCCGCCCCUCCCCUCCUCCGCCCACCCACUCGCCUCCGCGCUGCCACCCACACUCUCGUCAGCAGCAGCAGUGUCGGCUCCGCCAGCCUCUCUCACUCGCUCCGCUGCGGCUCACCCCGCGGGGGACACGGCAGCGCAUGGCAUGGCUGUGGGCGCGUCUGGGAGUGGUGCGGAUGCUGGCGCUGAUGCUGCUGCUGGGGGGGAAGGCUGUCGCGGGGUGAUGAGUGUGGAGAGGGUGCUGGCAGCGCUGGCGUCGCUGCUACAGGGGCCGGUGGUGGCAUGGCAGGCGGCAGCAGCAGAGGCGUGGGGGCGGCUGCUGCUGUGCCGCGACAAUGACCUGCUCCUGCUGCCCGCUGCUGGCCCCCUGCAGGUGUACAGGCAGGUGGCGCUGCUGCUGGCCUCUCAGGACCCCCACGUGCAGGCCACUGCGCUCUCCUGCGUGGCCCUCGCUGCGCACGCCUCCCCCGCUGCCAAGUACAGCCUCGCGUGCGAGCCACAUCUUCUCUUGCGUCUGCUGUCGCUGGUAACCGCACCGCACCCGUUACGGCGAGUGGUGAGGCGGGCGGCAGCCACGCUGCUGUGUCUGGCGAGGGAGCCGCGCACGCAUGCCGCCUUCCAGCCCCUCCUCUCCCCCCUCACCCGCGCUGCCUUCGCCUCCGCCCCUCCUGCCCCCUCUUCUGCUAGUGCUGCUGGUGCCACUGGUGCGGCUGCUGGUGCUGCGGCGGGUGAUGCUGCGGCAGGUGGUGGGUUGGGGAAGGAGAAGGGCGGGGGGGAAGCGGAGGUGAGUGCGGCACUGGCAGAGGUGGUUGUGACAUGUGAUGCCCAUGCCCAUGCCCAUGCCCAUGCCCAUGCCCAUGCCCAUGCCCAUGCCCAUGCCCAUGCCCAUGCCCAUGCCCAUGCCCAUGCCCAUGCCCAUGCCCAUGCCCAUGCCCAUGCCCAUGCCCAUGCCCAUGCCCAUGCCCAUGCCCAUGCCCAUGCCCAUGCCCAUGCCCAUGCCCAUGCCCAUGCCCAUGCCCAUGCCCAUGCCCAUGCCCAUGCCCAUGCCCAUGCCCAUGCCCAUGCCCAUGCCCAUGCCCAUGCCCAUGCCUGUGCACAUAGUAACUGUAGUGGUACCAGUGUGAUUGUGAUUGGGAUUGGUGCUGAGAAGGCAGAUGCUGACAUGGCAGGUGUGAUUUGGCAGGUGGCAGGUGGUGGGAUGGCAGGUGGUGGGAUGGCACGUGGUGGGAUGGCAGGUGGUGGGAUGGCACGUGGUGGGAUGGCAGGUGGUGGGAUGGCACGUGGUGGGAUGGCAGGUGGUGGGAUGGCACGUGGUGGGAUGGCAGGUGGUGGGAUGGCACGUGGUGGGAUGGCACGUGGUGGGAUGGCAGGUGGUGGGAUGGCACGUGGUGGGAUGGCAGGUGGUGGGAUGGCACGUGGUGGGAUGGCAGGUGGUGGGAUGGCAGAUGGUGGGAUGGCAGAUGGUGGGAUGGCAGGUGGUGGGAUGGCACGUGGUGGGAUGGCAGGUGGUGGGAUGGCACGUGGUGGGAUGGCAGGUGGUGGGAUGGCACGUGGUGGGAUGGCAGGUGGUGGGAUGGCAGAUGGUGGGAUGGCAGGUGGUGGGAUGGCAGGUGGUGGGAUGGCAGGUGGAUGGAUGACUGGUGCUGAAAUGGCUGGUGACGAGACCAUGAGGUUUGGUAACCAGACUGUGAGGUUUGGUGGCGAGAUCUUGAGGUUCGGUGACGAGAUCUUGAGGUUCGGUGACGAGAUCUUGAGGUUCGGUGACGAGAUCUUGAGGAUCGGUGACGAGAUCCCGAGGAUCGGUGACGAGGGCAUGGAGAUGGGCGGGGAUAGAGGGUGGGCGGGUGGGGAAGGAACCUGGUGGCGAGGAGGGGUAAAAGGAGAGAGGGAGCGGGGGCGAUUUGGAGGCGAGGGAGUGUGUGGUGAGGGCAGUGGAGGUGGGAGCAUCUGUGGCAUCCCACGAGAAGCCGAGCAGAUGUUCCAACGCUGUUGCUCUCCCAUCCCACUGGCCGCGCCGUGUGCUGUCCUGCUGCUGCUGCUGCUGCCGCUGCCACAGCAGCGGACGCAGCAGGAGGUGGAGGAGGAGGAGGAGGAGGAGGAGGAGGAGGAGGAGGAGGAGGAGGAGGAGGAGGAGGAGGAGGAGGAGGAGGAGGAGGAGGAGGAGGAGGAGGAGGAGGAGGAGGAGGAGGAGGAGGAGGAGGAGAGGAGGAAGAGGGAGAGGAGGAGGAGCCGGGAGGAAGUGGGGAGUGGCGGCGAAAGAAGAGGAGCCUUCGAUGUCACCGCCCGUGGCGCUGCGUUUGCGCCCCACUUCGCUCCUUCUGCCUCCCACGGUGCUCCUUCUGCCUCCCACGGUGCUCUUUCCGCUCCCCACCGUGCUUCUUCCGAGUCGCGCGGCGCUCCCGAAGCGUUCAGCCAAGCGUGA